UCGAGCACUCUUCCCCAGGGCACGGUGAAUAUGAACCUGUGUACUGACGUCAUCGACGCAGAGCCCAAGACGGGCCAGAAGAACGCUCUCUGCAUAUUCACUCCCGAACAGGAGUACUUCAUACGCGGGGAGAACAAAGAAAUCAUCAAUGGGUAAGUGUGUGUCUGGUGUGUGUGUGUCUGUUGUGUGUUCUCUGUGUCUGGGGUGUGUGUUCUCUGUGUCUGGGGUGUGUGUCUGUUGUGUGUUCUCUGUGUCUGGGGUGUGUGUCUGGUGUGUGUUCUCUAUGCCCAGGUUAACAUUCUGUUCCUCUCUCUCUGCCCAGCUGGACAGAACAGCUGGUGGUAUAUCCCAGGACCAAUAAGCAGAACCAGAAGAAGAAGCGCAAGGUGGAGCCCAACACUUCUCAGGAGCCAGGACCAGCAAAGGUGGCGGUGAAGGGGUCAGGUAUCCCUGAGGCGGGCUCGGAGAACGUUCCAGACUCCAGCUCCAUAAUCUGGCAGGAGGAGCUGAGCCACAGAGAGGCUGAAGGGGCGGCCUUGUGGCCUGCUGCUGACUUGGCCCGGCUGGGCUCACCACUGCCCUCUACAGGUAUGGAGGAACCACAGUGCACUACACAUCUAGUCCCAUAGUCCCCAUCUAGUCCAUAGUCUAAUAUAAAUAGUACAUCAAAUAUAUCUGAAAGCAUUGGUAUGGUGUUAGCAAGCAGCACAGUGGUAAAACAUAACAUUACAAUUUGGAGAUUAUCUCGUCUGUCCGUCUCCAUCUUUGACCCUCCACCCCUGCCUUCUCCAGGUGACUGUGCUUCCGUGGGCCGGGGCUCAGACGCCGGCUCAGUCAACGGUGAUGAGGUGGACCGAAGCGGCCUCCACGGCUCGGUCCCCCUCCCCCACCAGGACCUCCUGUCCCCCACAGGCUCCUGCUCCAGCCUGGGCGGGGUGCCCCGCUGUCUCUCCCCGGUCCCCAGCGACCCCUUCCCCUCCGGCACCUCCCUGCUGUCCAACGGCUCCCACAUCAGUGGCUCGGUCAGCUCGCUGGACUCUGACGCCAGCGGCAGCACGGUGGCCAGCGCAGAGAGCCACCCGGCAGGGCGGUUAGGGCUGGCCCUUGGAGGGCACCAUGAUACACCACGGUCCAGGAGGCUGGAGGCCGAGGCCAGGAAGGCAGAGAAGAGGAGCAGAGUGAGGAGUCCUGGUGAGGAGAGACGGGAGAGAGAGGCCGUGUUCAGUCCUGAGAGGAGGUGAGUCUGUCCUGUCUUAGUUCAGAGAGACGUUAGAGAGAGGCCGUGUUCAGUCCUGAGAGGAGGUGAGUCUUUGUCCUGUCUUAGUUCAGAGCGACAGGAGAGAGAGGCCAUGUUCAGUCCUGAGAGGAGGUGAGUCUUUGUCCUGUCUUAGUUCAGAGAGACAGGAGAGAGGCCGUGUUCAGUCCUGAGAGGAGGUGAGUCUUUGUCCUGUCUUAGUUCAGAGAGACAGGAGAGAGAGGCCGUGUUCAGUCCUGAGAGGAGGUGAGUGUCCUGUCUGUUCUGUCUUAGUUCAAAGAGACGUUAGAGAGAGGCCGUGUUCAGUCCUGAGAGGAGGUGAGUGUCCUGUCUGUCCUGUCUUAGUUCAGAGAGACGUUCGAGAGAGGCCGUGUUCAGUCCUGAGAGGAGGUGAGUGUCCUGUCUGUCCUGUCUUAGUUCAGAGAGACGUUCGAGAGAGGCCGUGUUCAGUCCUGAGAGGAGGUGAGUCUUUGUCCUGUCUUAGUUCAGAGAGACGUUAGCGAGAGGCCGUGUUCAGUCCUGAGAGGAGGUGAGUCUUUGUCCUGUCUUAGUUCAGAGAGACGUUAGAGAGACCGUGUUCAGUCCUGAGAGGAGGUGAGUCUUUGUCCUGUCUUAGUUCAGAGAGACAGGAGAGAGAGGCCGUGUUCAGUCCUGAGAGGAGGUGAGUGUCCUGUCUGUUCUGUCUUAGUUCAGAGAGACGUUCGAGAGAGGCCGUGUUCAGUCCUGAGAGGAGGUGAGUCUUUGUCCUGUCUUAGUUCAGAGAGACGUUAGCGAGAGGCCGUGUUCAGUCCUGAGAGGAGGUGAGUGUCCUGUCUGUCCUGUCUUAGUUCAGAGAGACGUUCGAGAGAGGCCGUGUUCAGUCCUGAGAGGAGGGUGAGUCUUUGUCCUGUCUUAGUUCAGAGAGACGUUAGCGAGAGCCGUGUUCAGUCCUGAGAGGAGUGAGUGUCCUGUCUGUCCUGUCUUAGUUCAGAGAGACGUUCGAGAGAGGCCGUGUUCAGUCCUGAGAGGAGGUGAGUGUCCUGUCUGUCCUGUCUUAGUUCAGAGAGACGUUCGAGAGAGGCCGUGUUCAGUCCUGAGAGGAGGUGAGUCUUUGUCCUGUCUUAGUUCAGAGAGACGUUAGCGAGAGGCCGUGUUCAGUCCUGAGAGGAGGUGAGUCUUUGUCCUGUCUUAGUUCAGAGAGACGUUAGAGAGACCGUGUUCAGUCCUGAGAGGAGGUGAGUCUUUGUCCUGUCUUAGUUCAGAGAGACGUUAGCGAGAGGCCGUGUUCAGUCCUGAGAGGAGGUGAGUCUUUGUCCUGUCUUAGUUCAGAGAGACAGGAGAGAGAGGCCGUGUUCAGUCCUGAGAGGAGGUGAGUGUCCUGUCUGUUCUGUCUUAGUUCAGAGAGACGUUCGAGAGAGGCCGUGUUCAGUCCUGAGAGGAGGUGAGUCUUUGUCCUGUCUUAGUUCAGAGAGACGUUAGCGAGAGGCCGUGUUCAGUCCUGAGAGGAGGUGAGUGUCCUGUCUGUCCUGUCUUAGUUCAGAGAGACGUUCGAGAGAGGCCGUGUUCAGUCCUGAGAGGAGGUGAGUCUUUGUCCUGUCUUAGUUCAGAGAGACGUUAGCGAGAGGCCGUGUUCAGUCCUGAGAGGAGGUGAGUGUCCUGUCUGUCCUGUCUUAGUUCAGAGAGACGUUCGAGAGAGGCCGUGUUCAGUCCUGAGAGGAGGUGAGUGUCCUGUCUGUCCUGUCUUAGUUCAGAGAGACGUUCGAGAGAGGCCGUGUUCAGUCCUGAGAGGAGGUGAGUCUUUGUCCUGUCUUAGUUCAGAGAGACGUUAGCGAGAGGCCGUGUUCAGUCCUGAGAGGAGGUGAGUCUUUGUCCUGUCUUAGUUCAGAGAGACGUUAGAGAGACCGUGUUCAGUCCUGAGAGGAGGUGAGUCUUUGUCCUGUCUUAGUUCAGAGAGACGUUAGCGAGAGGCCGUGUUCAGUCCUGAGAGGAGGUGAGUCUUUGUCCUGUCUUAGUUCAGAGAGACGUUAGAGAGAGGCCGUGUUCAGUCCUGAGAGGAGGUGAGUCUUUGUCCUGUCUUAGUUCAGAGAGACGUUAGAGAGAGGCCGUGUUCAGUCCUGAGAGGAGGUGAGUCUUUGUCCUGUCUUAGUUCAGAGAGGAGGUGAUUCUGACUGCAAUCACCGUUUGUUACCUGGGAUAUAUUUAUCUAGGUAAAGCUUUAUCUGUUAAUCAUGUACUGACAUAGACUGGUAAACCAGGUUAGUGAACUGUCUGACUGCCAUCUUAGACUAGCAGAAGGACAUCUGUAGAGAAUCCCAUGACGCAGCAACAUACACAGUCUCUGCUUCUAAACUCACACACAUACACACACACACACACAUCCUUGUGAUGCACACACACCCCCAACGCACCUGCGUCAACACACACACACUCAGUCCCAGAGGAAAAGGCUGUAUUUGGUGAAAUCCAGCCAGUGUAAGAUGUGUGAAUCUCUGUCUUCCACAGAUCCAGUAUGCUUCCAAUGAACUAUGUUGAUUAUUGAUAAUAAUCUUUCCCUGUGGUUUUAUCAGGGCUGAGGUUCAACGUAAACACACUGAAUAAACAGGCUUUGUACUUUCCAUUCGCUCAUCAUCCACUCCUGACUCUGUUCUGGGAAAAGGGUCAAGAGGUCACACACACACACACACACACACACCGGGGUGUGCUUCAUCCUCUUCCUCCCAGAUCCAAUCCCCACCUGCCUCGUCCCCUCAUCCAGAACUGGUCCUGAAAGGAGGAGAGGAGGACAGUGCAGUAGACUGAUUGUCCGUUUGGUUUCAGUUGGGAACGCUGCCAACGGACCCCAGCAGCCAACUGGCACGCUAUUACUGAAUUAUAACUAACUAUAAACUCUUUAAGGAAUACCUGGAAUAGUAUAAUAGUAUCCUUCUACCUCCCCCCUUUACUACCACUGUCUUUUGUCUAAACUAACACCUGACUUAUUUCACCUGCUAGCACUGACUUGUUUAAAGAAAUGUACUUAUUGGGAUCGAGACGUAGUUGUCCCUGAUUGCACUGACUUUGCUCACAGCUGCUUGUUUGAAGAAGUGUACUUACUGUGAUCAAGAUGUGGUUGUCCCACUGGCUAUCCUAAGUUGAAUGCACCAAUGUGUAAGUCGCUCUGGAUAAGAGCGUCUGCUAAAUGAUGUAAAUGUAAAUGUAACACACACACACACACACACACACGCUGCCACUCUUGUCUAUACCUCUUUCUUUCUCUUUUUCUUCUGUUCUCUCUCUCUCUCUCCCUCCUUCGCUUGUUGCCUUUUAUGGAAGCCAGCUACCGCAGAGGAUUCCCCUAAUAAGGGCAGAAUAAAAACAGUAAUGUUAUAUUUCCAAGCUCCCUGUAAGCCGAAUAGCUCUCCUCCUUAUCUAAAGAGAAGGUUAAAAGAAAGAUGUGUGUGUGGAGGAAUGCUGUCAGUGUGUCUGUGUUUGUUUGUGGAAGUUAGAACGGUUUCUCAGUUUCAUGUAGCAGUGUAAAGUAAUGUUCAUUUAUAUGCAUGUGGAUUAUGCGAUGUUUACUUGGUGAACGACCCCCCCCCCCCCCCCCCACACACACACGCAAAACUGAACUAUCCAAUGGUUAUUUUAUUCUCUCCACCUGAGAAGGAAUUCUAUCUUUCGCUGUAUCCAUUUUUUUUUUUCCACAGGAAAAUGUAAUGAAAGUUCAACUAAAGGCAUCUAACCUCUACCCUUCACCUCUGACCUUUAACCUUGUUCCCUGUGUGUUCCAGCCGAUCUGGGGUGAUAGAGAAGCUGGAGGCGUUGGAGCUGGAGAACACGGAGAGGAUGGAGGUGGAGGAGACUGGGAGGUCUGGAGUCAGGCAGGGCCGCAGCGAACACAGACGCUUCCACACAGAGGUACAACUACAGGGUCAUACUAUGACCUUUAAACCCGUUCAGUUCGCUGAUCAUAGAGAGGUUAUCAAGUAUGAGAAAAGCGUCUGCCCAGAUAUGAUAGCCCUAGCUGACACAGGACAUUGUCUACUUGUUUUAUAGACCAGUGUUUUACAAGCAACAUCACAUGAAAUAGCUCAGCUAGAUUCUGUUAGCUGUUGCAUAUGAAGCAGAUUCUUUCUCUCAUAUACACACACACACAUACACACACACACACAGUCUCCCUCUUUCCUUAUUUUGAGGUCAGGAGCGUGUGCUGUAUUCAUUUCCAUUUUCCAUUCUGUGGCUCGAUUCCCCUGAUGAUACUAACUUCCCUUUCCCACCGUGACUCUGCUCUGGCCUGGUCCGGAACAUCAACAACAGAAAGACCUCAAAAGAGAGCAAUUGUCCCCCCAAAACAAAUUCCAGAGAAAAAUGUCCCCAGAAGUCAGACUGUUAAAAGCAACUUUUAAGACCUGUACACAAAGUUUGUCCUGUCUGUUUUGUCAUGUUUGUCCUGUCUGUAUUGUCGAGCAUGUUUGGCAUUUUCAGACUGGCACAAAUAAAGGGCAGGUCUAGUAAACAUCAUAACACCUGCACGUACACACCCAUUAUCUUUCUCUGUCUCCCUCCAUCUCUCUCUCUCUCUCUCUCGCUCUUUCUGAGACACACACACUGCUCCUGGAUGGGGCUUGUUUUCUUCAAUGUCCGAGUGGUCUUGGUUUCCAUUCUCUCUGGUUUAGUGAAAGGCUGUUGGGUUCAGGUUAGAAGAUGUGUGAUGGUUUAGUGAAAGGCUGUUGGGUUCAGGUUCAUGUUACAAGAUGUGUGAUGGUUUAGUGAAAGGCUGUUGGGUUCAAGUUCUGGUUUGAAGACGUGUGAUUCUGAUAGAAAAAUACUUGUUCUUCUUAUGACAGCUGUGCAGAGAUGGUAUCUCAUUUUAGCAUACGUUAAACUGUUCACAUUGAAGGAGUCGAUGUUCUGAUCAUAAAAACAAAUAACAUACAUUAAGGCUAUAGUAUGAUGUUAUGAUUUGCUCCUCUGAAAUCCAUGAGGUAGGUAGGUGUUCUAUAGGAACGGAAUUAGGCUCAUGAUACAUUGAUGUGACCCCUGUCUUCAGACAUUGACCAGUUUGACCCAAAUGGCUGCUGGAGUAUUGAUGUUAUGUUGUGUGUCUCAGGGGCAGAGACAUGACCUGGGCCAGGGCCUGGACUUCCCCUCCACUCUGCCGCCUCUCAGACGAGCCAAGUCCCUGGACCGCAGGACCACCGAGUCCGUCAUGACCGUGAGUACCAUUUCACUCUCCUCUCUUCUGUCGUUCAGUCUUUCUAUGGGGUCAGGCUGACAUACUCAAACUCACCAGGGAGAGUUUUCAAAUGAGAACAUUGUAAUCAGUUAGCGCUGUUGUUUACCCAAGGGGUGGGUGUGUGUGUGUGUGUGUGUAGGAGCUUUCUCUCCAGGUCCAGACAACACCGCAAUAGUUCUACUGUUCUCCUAAAGCUGCGGGGUCAGAGGUCAUCAGCAAUGCAGGACUUUAGCCCUGCUGAGUGGAGGUUUAAAGGGGUUGUGGGGAUGGUGGAGUAUAUAGGUUGGGUUAAGAGUAUUCAAGUUUUAUUAGUCGUAUGUACGGGAUACACGUUCUAUAAACCGUCCAAUGAAAUGCCUACUUUCAGGUUCCCCACUCGACAACGCAACAACAAUGAGAAAUAAUAAAAGAUAAGGGCAUAAAGUAUUUGGGUUGAGAAAGGGUGCAGCAGGCCUUAGCUAAUGUAAACGUUAUGAUGAUGAGUCACUGUGUCCGUUCAGCCGCAUGGUGCCGGAUUGGCUAGGGACACGUCCUUACAUCAGCUCCUGGCUCGGCCGUACUAAUGAUGUAAUGAACCCAUUUUGGUACGCCGUGCCUUUUGUUAGUUUAAUAAAACAGGCAGUCUAGAGAUUGUUAUAGUUAAUGAUCUAUUAGUCUGCACCUCGUAGGGGGUGUCUUUCGGUUCCUACUCUUUUUGGCUGUUUUAGCGGCCAGGGUUUUCAUGACUGGGUUGGUAGAGGAUGAUACUGUAGAGAACAUUCAAGGGGGGCUGUGAUGGGUGACGUGGCUGGGGCAGUACAGUCAAGGGGGUGCUGUGAUGGGUGACGUGGCUGGGGCAGAACAGUCAAGGGGGGCUGUGAUGGGUGACGUGGCUGGGGCAGUACAGUCAAGGGGGGGCUGUGAUGGGUGACGUGGCUGGGGCAGGACAGUCAAGGGGGGCUGUGAUGGGUGACGUGGCUGGGGCAGUACAGUCAAGGGGGGGCUGUGAUGGGUGACGUGGUUGGGGCAGUACAGUCAAGGGGGGCUGUGAUGGGUGACGUGGCUGGGGCAGUACAGUCAAGGGGGGCUGUGAUGGGUGACGUGGCUGGGGCAGUACAGUCAAGGGGGGCUGUGAUGGGUGACGUGGCUGGUGCAGUACAGUCAAGGGGGGCUGUGAUGGGUGACGUGGCUGGGGCAGUACAGUCAAGGGGGGCUGUGAUGGGUGACGUGGCUGGGGCAGUACAGUCAAGGGGGGCUGUGAUGGGUGACGUGGCUGGGGCAGUACAGUCAAGGGGGGCUGUGAUGGGUGACGUGGCUGGGGCAGUACAGUCAAGGGGGCUGUGAUGGGUGACGUGGCUGGGGCAGUACAGUCAAGGGGGGCUGUGAUGGGUGACGUGGCUGGGGCAGUACAGUCAAGGGGGGCUGUGAUGGGUGACGUGGCUGGGGCAGUACAGUCAAGGGGGGCUGUGGAUGGGUGACGUGGCUGGGGCAGUACAGUCAAGGGGGGCUGUGAUGGGUGACGUGGCUGGGGCAGUACAGUCAAGGGGGGCUGUGAUGGGUGACGUGGCUGGGGCAGUACAGUCAAGGGGGGCUGUGAUGGGUGACGUGGCUGGGGCAGUACAGUCAAGGGGGGCUGUGAUGGGUGACGUGGCUGGGGCAGUACAGUCAAGGGGGGCUGUGAUGGGUGACGUAGCUGGGGCAGUACAGUCAAGGGGGGCUGUGAUGGGUGACGUGGCUGGGGCAGUACAGUCAAGGGGGGCUGUGAUGGGUGACGUGGCUAGGGCAGUACAGUCAAUGGGGGCUGUGAUGGGUGACGUGGUUGGGACAUGCUUUUUCAGAGCUGGUUGGUUGGUGUCGUGGACGUCCUAAUGCAGUCCUCCGUGCUGCAGGGGGCAGCACAGCUCCCUCUCCUCUCCAGGUUUUCUUCCUGCUUCUCCUGUGUUCAGCCAUAGCUCUCAGGCCUCCGUGUGUUGGCACCCAUUCCGCACGGUUUGUGUGUUUUUCUGUCUCAAGUGUGUGUGUGCGUGUGUGUGCGACACAAACCAGCACCGCUUCCCCAGGGCACUGUGUGUGUGUGUGUUUUCUCCCACUGUGUGUGUGUGUGUGUGUGUGUGUGUGUUUUCUCCCACUGUGUGAAACCACAACAGACAUGAACUGUUUUACUGGGCACUAAGACUUCUAUAGCAGGAUUUGUGAUGCCUAGUGGAGUAGGUAUGUGUUUCCCCUAACCACUGGUCCGGGGUCAGUUAUUAUUGUAUCCUCGAAAUGAUUGGGUAGGAUUGGCAGUAAGGUAAUCUGAUCCUAGGUCUGUGUUCAGGGGAAAUUUCUACCUUGAACAGAGCCAGAAUGUGGAUAAUUUUUUUUCUGCUCUUUCUCAAACAUAACGUUUUUUUUUUAAGGUUGACCAAAAUUAACAAAUUAAAGGGUAUUUUUGAACCAUACAAAUGUUCAAAAUAGUCAUUACAAAUGUUCAAAAUAGUCGAAAUACGGUAACAUCUAUGUAACAAAGUGCAGAAAAUGCAGCUUGUUGAAAUUGCAACGCAUCUGCCAGCUAUGUAUUGUAGACGCCUAGUCGGGAUAACUCGUACCUUUCUUUCAGCUGUGGGCGCCUGUAAGUAUGACAUGUUAAAGUUAUGAAGAGCUACGUGGAUCUCAGAUGGAUGUUGUUUUUAAAAGGCUGCACCUUUGGUCACCUGGUAUCUGUGCGUUUCAGCAUCUCUUGGUUCAUCUUGCAUGAUGUUUGCUGUGUGGGUUCACUAGACUGACUUUACUGGAUCUCGGGUUGAUUUCUUUGGCAUUUUUAAAGAUUUAAAGUUAUGUAUUUUUGUUUCUUUGUCCAGCCCGACUUGCUGAACUUCAAGAAAGGUUGGAUGGUGAAGCUGGAUGAGGAAGGACAAGUAAGCAACAAACCAAACCUACCAACAUCACCAAAACAACUGAUGUUUUUUUUGUUUUUUUGAUAUGUUCCUGGGAAAUUUAAACUCUUGAAUAAUGAACAUUAUUUGAUGCCAUGAGAUUUUUUUAAAUGGUAUUUUUAUUUUUUAGGUCAGAUCAUCAAAGCAGGGAGUCAGUUGCAGUUCAAACAGUCAUCUGAAGGUUCAUCUAAUGCCUUUUUAGAAUGUUCUAGUAUUCUAUGGCCUUUAGAGCCGAGCGUCAGUCAGUCUUUGAUGGCACAGCUUCAAUGGGUGACAGUUGAAAGGGUGAUGUGGUGCCUCUCUUUAUACAGCAGAUCCAUGUUCUUUUUACAGCUAUAUUUAAUGUGUAGACCGAUGCGCCAACGCUAUACAUUUGUAGAUAUUGCUGCGUUGUUGGAGCUAGAUACAGUAGCAUUUCGCUGUACCUGUGAUAACAUCUGUAAUGAUGUGUAUGUGACCAAUAAACUUUGAUUUGAUUUAUUGCACAGUCCAAGUUAACACACAGCUUUCAUAGAAAUCCUUACUUUUCAGAGGGGCUACCAACAUUACAUUUACAUUUUAGUCAUUUAGCAGACGCUCUUAACCAGAGCGACUUACAGGAGCAAUUAGGGUUAAGUGCCUUGCUCAAGGGCACAUUAACGUCAUUUAGCAGACGCUCUUAGCCAGAGCGACUCACAAAUUGGUGCGUUCACCCUAUAGCCAGUGGGAUAACCACUUUACAAUUUGGGGGGGGGGGGGGGGGGGGGGGGGGGGGGGGGGGGGGGGGGGGGGGGGGGGGGGGGGGGGGGGGGGGGUUAGAAGGAAUACUUUAUCCUAUCCCAGGUAUUCCUUAAAGAGGUGGGGUUUUCAAAUGUCUCCGGAAGGUGGUGAGUGACUCCGCUGUCCUGGCGUCGUGAGGGAGCUUGUUCCACCAUUGGGGGGUGCCAGAGCAGCGAAACAGUUUUGACUGGGCUUGAGCGGGAGCUGUGCUUCCGCAGAGGAAGGGGAGCCAGCAGGCCAGAGGUGGAUGAACGCAAUGUCCUCGUUUGGGUGUAGGGACUGAUCAGAGCCUGAAGGUACAGAGGUGCCGUUCCCCUCACUGCUCCAUAGGCAAGCACCAUGGUCUUGUAGCGGAUGCGAGCUUCAACUGGAAGCCAGUGGAGUGUGCGGAGGAGGGGGGUGACGUGAGAGAACUUGGGAAGGUUGAACACCAGACGGGCUGCGGCAUUCUGGAUGAGUUGUAGGGGUUUAAUGGCACAGGCAGGGAGCCCAGCCAACAGCGAGUUGCAGUAGUCCAGACGGGAGAUGACAAGUGCCUGGACCAGGACCUGCGCCGCUUCCUGUGUAAGGCAGGGUCGCACUCUCCGAAUGUUGUAGAGCAUGAACCUGCAGGAGCGGGUCACCGCCUUGAUGUUGGCGGAGAACGACAGGGUGUUGUCCAGGGUCACGCCUAGGCUCUUCGCACUCUGGGAGGAGGACACAGCGGAGUUGUCAACCGUGAUGGCGAGAUCAUGGAACGGGCAGUCCUUCCCCGGGAGGAAGAGCAGCUCCGUCUUGCCAGGGUUCAGCUUGAGGUGGUGAUCCGUCAUCCAUACUGAUAUGUCUGCCAGACAUGCAGAGAUGCGAUUCGCCACCUGGUUAUCAGAAGGGGGAAAGGAGAAGAUUAGUUGUGUAUCGUCAGCGUAGCAAUGAUAGGAGAGACCAUGUGAGGAUAACAUCCCCAGUCUCCUCUUCCGGGGGUUUGUUUCGGUGUUUGUCUGUGCUGGGUAUAGUGUAGCUCAGUUGUUAAGAGCAUGGUGCUUGCAACGCCACGGUUGUGGGUUUGAUUUCCGCACGGGACCAGUACGAAAAGUAUGAAAAAACGUAUGCACUCACUACUGUAAGACGCACCACUAAAUGACUAAAAUCUAUGUGUUGCACACAGAACCAAGCUCCUGAUGUCAUUCCACGGGGCGGCGCACAAUUGGCCCAGCGUCGUCCAGGGUAGGGGAGGGAAUGGCCGGCAGGGAUGUAGCUCAGUUGGUAGAGCAUGGUGUUUGCAACGCCAGGGUUGUGGGUUUCGAUUCCCACGGGGGGCCAGUAUGAAAAAUACAAAAAUAAUGUAUGCACUCACUAACUGUUAAGUCGCUCUGGAUAAGAGCGUCUGCUAAAUGACUAAAAUUUAAAAAUUUAAAAUUGCUCCAUCAUAACUCCCACUGGCGCUAAAUAGAUGUUUUAUUCUCAGUCUACAGGGGGAGCAGAACAGUUUCUGUAUUCCCAGUGAACUCUGUGUCCCCUUUCUCCCCUACAGUGGAAGAAGUAUUGGUUCGUACUGACAGACCACAGCCUCCGAUACUACAAGGACUCAAUUGCUGAAGAGGUGACUUAUCUCUAAAUCCAUCCAGACUCGUCAAUCGUGCUAGUUCAACUGUGACCGACUGUAGCAAGGGCAGUGGUUAUCUUUAAAAGAAAUGGAAUACGUGUUAGUCAAUGCGGUAUUGAUUUCCUAUUGAUAACUUUGUAUACUAAACAAAAAUAUAAACGCAACAUGUAAAGUGUUUGUCCCAUGUUUCAUGAGCUGAAAUAAAAGAUCCCAGAAAUGUUCCAUACCCACAAAAAGCUUAUUUCGCUCAAAUUUUGUGCAAAAACUUGUUUGCAUCCUUGUUAGGGAAUAUUUCUACUUUGCCAAGAUAAUCCAUCCACCUGACAGGUGUGGCAUAUCAAGAAGCUAUUUAAACAACAUGAUAAUUACACAGGUGCACCUUGUGCUGGGGACAAUAAAAGGCCACUCUAAAAUGUGAAUUUUUGUGUCGGAACACAGUGCCACAGAUGUCAAAAGUUUUGAGGAAGUGUGCAAUUGGCAUGCUGACUGCAGGAAUGUCCACCAGAGCAGUUGCCAGAGAAUUGAAUGUUCAUUUCUCUACCAUAAUCCGCCUCCAACCUUGUUUUAGAGAAUUUGGAAGUACGUCCAACCGGCCUCAAAACCGCAGACCACGGGGCUGCACAUCUGGCUUCUUCACCAUGGUCUGAGACCAGCCACCCGGGCAGCUCGUGAAACUGUGGGUUAACACAACCAAAUAAUUUCUGCACAAACUGUCAGAAACCAUCCCAGGGAAGCUCAUCUGCGUGCUCGUCGUCCUCACCAGGGUUUUGACCUGACUGCAGUUUGGCGUCGUAACCGACUUCAGUGGGCAAAUGCUCACCUUCUAUGGCCACUGUUACGCUGGAGAAGUGUGCUCUUCACGGAUGAAUCGCGUUUUCAACUGUACCGGGCAGGUGGCAGACAGCAUUUAUGGCGUCAUGUGGGCCCGUGGUUUGCUGAUGUCAACGUUGUGAACAGAGUGCCCCAUGGGUGCGGUGGGGUUAUGGUAUGGGCAGGCAUAAGCUACGGACAACAGACACAAUUGUACUUUAUCGAUGGCAAUUUGAAUGCACAGAGAAACCAUGACGAGAUCCUGAGGCCCAUUGUCGUGCCGUUCAUCUGCCGCCAUCACCUCAUGUUUCAGCAUGAUAAUGCACGGCCCCAUGUUGCAAGCAUCUGUACACAAUGCUCUGGACUGAUGUGUAUGACAGCGUGUUCCAGUUCCCUCCAAUAUCCAGCAACUUCGCACAGCCAUUGAAGAGGAGUGGGACAGCAUUCCACAGGCCACAAUCAACAGCCUGAUCAACUCUAUGCGAAGGAGAUGUAUCGCGCUGCAUGAGGCAAAUGGUCACACCAGAUACUGACUGGUUUUCUGAUCCACGCCCCUACCUUUGUUUUAAGGUAUCUGUGACCAACAGAUGUAUACCUGUAUUCCCAGUCAUGUGACAUUUAUAGAUUAGGGCUUAAUGAAUUUAUUUCAAUUGACACAUUUCCUUUAUAUGAACUGUAACUCAGUAAAAUCUUUGAAAUUAUUCCAUGUUGCGUUUAUAUUUUUGUUUAGUGUAAGUACACAGUUUCAAAAUAAUUGUUUAACUCCUGCAACUGGCUGCUUGUACGCUGAUAAUGGUCUUCUGUUCCUGACUUUACGAUCUGUAAUGAUGCUGUAUUGCAGGCUUCAGAUCUGGACGGGGAAAUAGACCUGUGUACGUGUUAUAAUGUCACUGAAUACCAGGCUCAACGCAACUACGGCUUCCAGAUACAUGUAAGCCCCAAUCACUCACAUACAGUCUCAGAUUAUCAUCGGUAGUAGUAAUGAUUUGAUUUGCGUUCAUGUAACCCUUUUUGUCACUUGUUUUAUUAUCAAAAAGCACUUCAGUGUAUGGAAGUAACAGACCCCUUCGCUGUCACCCAAUGCUAUAGCUGUUAUUGUACAGUGUGAAUCUAACGCCCUAACUGUCGUCCUCAGACCCAGGAGGGCGUACACACCCUGUCGGCCAUGACUGCAGGCAUACGGAGGAACUGGAUCCAGGCUGUCAUGAAGAACGUCAGACCCUCCACCGCUCCAGACGUGGCUAGCAACCACAGCUCCUUCUCCCCACUGGAGGGGCUGGUUCAGCCGGACGUGACCCAGGACUCCCCUCCCUCCGAGACCUCGUCCGUGGAGCGUGAGCAAGGGCCAGGCCCCAAGAAGAGCCGGGCACGCGAGCGCCGACAACAGGGCCGUUCCAAGACCUUCGACUGGGGAGAGUUCCGACCCAUUGCCCAGGCUUUGGCCCAGCAGCGGGCCCAGAAGUCCGAGCCCCUGCAGACUGACAUCGGAGACCCCGAUCGGAGUCGGCGGAGGGAAGAACGAAGGAGGAGGUAUGAGUCUGUGACUAGCUCCUCCGUGGACCAAUCAACAGGCUCUGAAGGUGGGAGGAUGGACUAUGAGAGGGGGGGAGAGAGUGAAGGCAGCCCUGGGGGUGAGGGUGGGGGUCCCCCCACCCUGGAGAUGCAGCAGAAGGCGGAGGAGGAGAUGGAGCAGCACUGGCAGCAGGUGGAGCAGACACCCAUCAGGGAUGAGAGGCGGGUACCUCUGCCCUCGACGCUGCAGACCAGGGAGACAGCCGAGCUGGAGAAACUCCUGGAGAGCUACAAGAAAGGGGUGGGUGUUUAUGUGAACCGAGAUCAAUGCAAUGUCAAAGGUCAGAGAUUCUUGAUAGGUCAGUGCUCUCCUCACACGUUCACCUUGUCCAUUGUACCGUGCCUCUCCCAGGUAGAAGAGCUCAAGGUGCAGUUGGAGAACUGUCACCAGCAGUUGGUGGACUCCAACCAGCACAAACACAAUCUGGAGGUCCAGCUGAGGACGGCUCUGGAGAGAGAGCAGCACGUCCGUUCCGGAUACAUCUCCCAGGUAAGCAGCACCAGCUAUUUUUGUUCUCCUCCUCAGAGCUGUUCUGUUCUCUAUAGGCAGUCCUGUUGAGUUCAUACCCAAGUUCAGAUUUCAUAAACUCAACCGUACAGAUUGAGCUGUGUGUUCUCUUUCCAUUUCGUAACCUCCUUUGCAUGUUGUAUUUUUAUUGUGAGAAAACAUCAAACAAACUGACAUCAAAGCUACAAAACCCGCUCCAGAACGUGCCUUUUGCAUGAGUCCGUUGGUUGCAUGUGAGGAGAAACGUGAAGAUCUUGUUUUUCUCCUUUUACGGCUUCUUUUCGUCCAUCACCUCUUGCUGAUGUUGUUUCUUUUCAGGUAGGACAGAUGUUCCAAACUCAUGCAUGUGUAUUGAAUGUGAUGCAUCCGAUUUAAUGAUUAACAUUAGAUGGAUACGUUUCCUUUUCGAUGUUCCUGUGAUGCUGUAAAUGGCAUGAAUGCGUUAGGCUGCUUGACUUCAACAGUACAGCCAUAGUUGUUGAAAUGAUUACGUUUGGCUCGGAACUGUAUUUAAAUAACAUGUUCGGCUUGUCUCCUAAUGAAUUCUUUGCAUGGAUUUCAGAUUUUUUAUGAACUACUGUUCCGACCAUCCAUUCUUCUUUUUAACUGAUGUGUGAGCCAUACCAUUAUGCAGAUAAUAGUUUUCUAUUGGAUGUUUGCUUGUGUUUAUGUGUGUUAGAGAGGGAGAGAGGUGAGUGUGUGUCCGUAUGGAGGGUUAAAGUAUGCUUUUUGAAUUCUUCACCACGUAUUGUGUAAAUCUGAGUUUAUCAAAGAUAGUAGGUUUUCUUGGAUGUAACAAAUUAAAUGAGAUUCAGUUCAAAAGGGGCUUUGGAGACAUUUUUGAGUUGACGACUUUGCUGUUUAGAGAGGGAGAGAAUGUAAUUAGUUUAUGCUGGCCUUUGCAUUUUUAUAAAGCCAAAUAAAAGGUCAUUUCAGGAGAAGAUAAUAAUGUCCUGUUCAUGUUGUUUUUACUUAUUUUUGGUUUAUUUAAUUUAAGAAGCAAUUUUCACAUUCAUUACACUGUUUGAUUUGAGUUUUGACCAGCAUUGUUACAUUGCUAUUACACAGUGUGAUGCGAUGUGAUGAGUGCCUUUUUUGAGAAAUGUUUUUGUGAAGAACACAAAGAAUUCAGAAAAAUGAUAGUUCAAGAACAUCGUUUAUUCCUAGAGCCUGGUAUGCCUCCCAUCUCUAAUGAAACCACCUAGCUAGCACUAACUUUUCAUCACUUACCCCAUGAAAUAACUCUCAUCCAUUUAAUGUGCAUGCUAUUUUGUGAUUCACUAAUCAUGACCAUUAAAUCUCUUUCCAGCGCUCUAAUUCUCAUCAUUAAUGAUAGAAGCUGGAUUCUACUUCUGCAAUGUUUUUUCAUCAUUAUGGUUAAAUGGUAUAAUGUUGAACUCAAAAUGACAUAUAUUAUGAUUUCAUAAUGUUUCAUUGCUCUGAAUCAAGAGGGAAAUAAUUGAUGUAUUAAUCUAAAAAAAUUAGCUAGCCUUCUCACCCUUUGCUAUGUGUGUUAACCAACUUUUUGGUCCCCUUCUCCAAGCUGGUUCUGGAGUCCGAUCCCGAGCCCCAGACGAAGAGGCCGGAACUGGUUAGUUCUCAAGCUCAGAGCUUAGCAAGGAAGUACCAGGAGACCAAAGAGCUCCUGCAGCUGCAAGAACUGAAAAAGCGUAAUAUGCAGGCGCAGCUUGGCCUCUCGCUUUCUCACCUCUCCCUCGCGGAACCUUACCUUUCCGACCCCCAAACAACAACCCCUCUGGAAAGCCUGCCUUCCUCAGAGCCACCCGUCAAAAAGACUGUUAGCUUUUUGAUCGAAGAUAGUGCCGACAGGAUUCAAGAGCUAGAGGACUUGAUAUCAGGAAAGCCCCUGACUCUGAAGGGACUGCUUAGAUUGCUAAGAUCGCACGGUGAAGUCAGCCUGGAGAGUAGUCAGGAUAUAGGAGAACAGGGUAGCUGCCAGAGGCUCUUGGAGAGCUGGAAGUCUCAACGAGAGGUAGAGAAUGAGAACAUGAAGAGGAGCUUGACCAGGGCGGGCGAAAGCAUCCGCAGUUACGAAUCACGUCUCCUGGCCAUGGAGGACAUGUUGGGAAGUGUUCAGAAGGCGGAGAGCCUGAAGACCCCUUACGGACCACUGUGUCAAAUCGAAGACCGCUCGGAAAGCCACGAGAUGACCAUCGGGACGUUGUCCCGGCGGGUUGAACUUCUAAACAGCGAAAACGGAGCGCUGUACCAGCACUGUCAGGAGAUAGUGAACCAACUAACUGAGGCAGAUGGGGAGAUCGACAGGCUUAAAGCGGAGCUGAUCAACCUGCAAGGCGGGAAACAACACCUACUGGUCCUAGAGGAGCUGAACAGGGUCAGGGUCAGACUAGCGGAGAGCCAAGCCAACGCUAUCGACAGGGAGUUCUAUGAGAGCGAGCUGAAUGAGAAGUCUGUGAAGCUUCACGAAGCCCUGGUCACCUUGGAGGUGCUAGGAAGCAGCCUGAAGGACAGGGAGAGGAGACUGCAGCUGAAAGAGGCCACUCUCAAAGGUCUGGGAUUCCAGAUGGCCGAGGAAGGUGCUCCUAAGGAGAAGGAGCAACUCAAAGAGCAGCUGGAGGCAACAGGGGCCAUGCUAUUAGAAAAGGAAGAGCUCUGUAGAGAACUUCAAGCUCAGAAUGUUGAACUUCAAGCUAGAAACCAGGAAUCGGAGAGAGUCCAGAGGCCGAAACUUUUAGAGGCAGAGAAUGAGAUUAGGAUGUUGCGAGGAAAGUUGGAGGUAGAGGCGAAGUCGGCUAGGGGAGAAAGAGAAGUGAAUGUUAGUGAAGAGUUGAGGCAGGUAGCAGACGAAAGUGUUGUAAGGCAAGUAGUAAGUGAGAUAAAGAUGAAGUCUGAGGCCCUUAGUCGGGUGUUAGAGGUGUUAGUGAAGGUAGAUGUUAGUGUGGAGAAAACGCUAAUUGAUCUGAAAAGCACUUUACAUAUCACAGACGGCCUCGGAUCCUUUGAAGAGGAGCCAGAUGAAGUAAGUCAGAGAGUAAUGAAAAGGUUGGUAUUAGAGGCAGCGUUCUGGAGUGGUCUGUUGAGCGCUCUAGAGGUUAGCCCAUGCGAGACUGAAGGUGCAUGUCGUUUUGAAAGGUGUGUAGCACAGCGUAUGGUAGCUGAGAAGAGCAUGUUGCUGUUGAUGAACAGGAUUUCUCCUCGACCCAAGAUGGAAGUUGAUAAUGAGAUUACUGUGACUGCACAGACCAUGGAAGCAGACCUUUUGAAUUGGUGCAGCUGGCUUGAUAAUGACACCAACACGCACAUUUUGAAAGAUCUAACAGAGUCAUUGCAAGAGAAAGUGUAUUUGUUUAACCUAAUUGCCUCCACCAUUGAGAUGUCCACAAAUGACAAGCUCCUGUCCUUGGUCUUAGCUAGCUUUGAUUCCGGCAAACUUAAGAAACGUUGGUCUGAGCACCUUCAAGACGCAGCCACAGAAGCUCACAUGUCCUAUCUCAUCAGCAGGCUGAACUUCCAACACGAGAAAGAGCUGAAAGUAACACAGGUUGAGAAACUUCAGAUUGGCAACUCUGACUGUGCCAACUGCUCUCUACUGAGAGAACAGAACCGAGAUCUCCAAUCCAAAUUGGCGGAUCUACAGAAUCAUCUGCCAUGCCUUGAAAGCACUAUGAGUGAAGAUACUAGACCAGUAACACACAUUCAGAUCGAAGGGGAGCCCAUUGACUCACUGGACAAGGCCAUACAGCUGCAAGACGUAGUUGCCAAGCACAAGCUGGAGCUGCGGGAGAUCAAGGACGUCUACGCACAGGAAACAGAAAAUCUGAGACAGGAGGUGGCAAAGGUGGCCGAGAUAUUGCGUCUAGAACGUGAAGAAAACGUGAAGGAGAUCGACUCUCUGACUGUCUGCAUGGAGAACCUGAAGAAGAAACACGAGACAGAGGGGAGCGUCCUACUGGAGAAGUUCCAUCACCAGAUGGAUGUCACCCCAGGAGGAGGCUAUCUCACUGGGGCAGAGGAUGGGACGAUGUCCCCUGAGACCUCCACAACCUCUGCCCUCAAGGAGCGCAUCCAGGAGCUGGUGGCCCAGAUCUCGGCCAUGACGGAGGAGAUGAAGCGGAGGGAGCUCCAGGGCGACGCAGCUAUCCUCCGGCUGAAAUACGACAAAGACCUGGAGAAUCUGAAGGUGGAAGCCGUACCUUGUCCUUUCUGUUCUCUCCGUCCGUGAUGCCUUGUCUCCUUGUGGAACCCCCCACCCUCCCGACCCCCUCCACCCUCCCGACCCCCCCCCCCUACCUCCUUUACCCCCUCCCGACCCCCUUCUACCUCCCUUACCACCCCCCACCCUCCCGAACCCCUCGUACCUCCCUUUCCUUUGUAAACCAGUAUCCUCCAGUGUUGCAUGGUGACUAAUCCACUGUUAGUGCAUGUGGUUGUUGACGCUAGUUGUGCGCUGAGGAACCCGUUUUUGUUUGACAGGAAAAGGUUAGUUAACCAGAACUUAGUCUCCGAAAUCCCAACUGGAACAUUGUUAAUGUGGGAGGCAACCCAUCUGCUUAGGGAGACCAACCAGAACCUGUCCUACAGUCCCAUGAAAGUGAGGCUGACAAAUAAUUCAGGUCAUGUUAUUCAGUGUCUAUCAGCAUAUUUACACAUCCAAUGUGUAAUGAUCAUCCCAGCAGGUAUAGUUGCUGAUGAAAUGAGUUCCUCGGCAGCUACAGUAGGCGUCGUAUAUAUUAGAAGUGUCCUAGACAAAUGGUUGAAGCCCUUUAAAGCUGUCUACCUAUUGUUGUCCUCAACAGAUACAUGAUUUAGAUAGGUGGACAUAUUGCUUUUUUUCUUGAGGAUGAUGAAGCCUAAAUGAACUGCAUUUAAAGAUGCAUGGGGCUUACCUCUUUGUCUUUGAUGUGAUGUUGCUUUAACUGACAACAAACAACUUUCCCCCUUCUGACAUGCUGAUUAACAAGUAAUGAUAAUUGACAGGCUAUCAAAACAUUGCAGAAUGCUUGAAGCAUAGACAUAUUUACUUUCUUGGAAAAGUCAUUCUAAAAAAGGAAGAAAUGCAAAACGAGAUCUAAUCGCAAAUGAAAAGUCCAUUAACCACAUUCCACCAUGAUCAUCUACCCAGAAUCCUUGGUAAUGUAUGUAAACAUAUAGUUACCCAGAUGUUUUUAUACCUCAUAGAUCCUAGGUUUUGUGUAUUUCUUUAGAGAAUUCAAGUAAAAAAAAAAAAAAACUUUUAUCCAUUGUCAUGGUCUCUACAUUACGUUGUGUUGUAGACGUGUAUAAGAAUUACACAGGUAGUUUAUAAUCAGGCUCCAGCUCUAUAUGAAUAGUUUGAAGAGCUGUUGAGUUCUGCAUGGUUUUAUUAGGCCUGAAUAGAGGCUGUUUCUAAGCAGAUGACAUGGGGUCGUAAACCUCAGGAAGGAAACAUGGGGUCUCCUACUCAGGUCUAUAACACGGCUUGGGAGCACAGCUGACACGUUGACAUAUGCUACACCAUGUCUUUUGUCGCUGCUGAUGAUGUAAUCUUUGUAUUGCUGUUGUGUAUAGGGACAGACUGGUGGUGCGGUCCACUAACUGUAAUAACAUUGUAGUGUCAGUAGGGAACAUUGUAGCGGUGCUCUUCCUGGUCCUUGAUGACCGUGUGCAGGACAGGUUUCAUCACUUACACACUAAACAAAAGGCAGGUGUUGCUUGCUGUGAUGUCACAGCAGGAAGUGCCCCCCAUAGAUCCAUCUAGUAGGGGGUGGGGGGGGGGGGGGGGAUUGGUUCACUCUGUCUCAAAGUUUGUUCCCACCUAGGCCAGUUUCCCGAGCACUGGGAAUUUAUAGGACAGCUCCGUUGACUGAGUACUCAGAUUAGCAGCGCUGAAUAGAGGACGGAAGUAAGGAUUUGGGUCGAGCCGGUCGGAAGGCCAUUCAAAUCCCCUCUUGUGGAAACAUGCACUGUAAUUAUAAUAGCGUUGUGAAUGGCCCUUGCUAAAACCGUGUUGAUCAGACCCCCUCCUCCCCUCCCCAGCCUUCUUUCUCUAUACUGCUAAAAGGUGUUGGUGCUAAACUGGCAAUCCUGCCUCAUUUGACACAGACAGGCUGUCCCUGGCCCCUUAUGAUGGAGACACACCAGACUCCACACUGUCUGUCUGUCCCCACGGAAAUCACCCCACUAUUAUCCAUCGUUCUAUUUGGUCUCAUCCCAACCUCAUACAUUCCACCCAGAUUUAUCCAAUAAAAACAGAUUAGAGGUUUUUCACAUUUAUAGACGGCUAACAAUAUGAGACACUAGACAUUAACUCAAUCUGUAAUAGGUGUUUUGUGAGCGAGCGGGUUUACUUGGCUAAAAAACCUGGCAGUGGUUGAAUACCUUUACUGUUGCAGGGAUAAUUAGGUUACAGAACACAGCCUUCUGUUUUUGUUUUGCUUCUCAAUCACAUUGUGUUCUUGCUGCCUACGCAUUUCUUCAACGUAUUGUGUAUUCUGUACCAGAGGCUUGUGUUGUUAAUGGCUAAAGUAGCUAGCUUGGUGUUUGUCGUCAGUGAAUAGAUGGUCAGCAGUGGUUGUGGCUGGGGUCAGGAGUUCUGGGUCCAGAGUUUGACCAGGAAAAAUUCCAGUGCACUCUAUACCCUAUAACUAGGGUCCAGAGGUUUUCCUAGUCAGGUUCACAUGGUCACGCAGGAAACUCCCUGGCCCUAUCUUAUGGUUUCAUGUAGAUUCACUUUGCACCCAUUCCCCUCCGUUGAUAGGCCACCUGUGAGAGGGGCUUUGCUGCCAUGGAGGAGUCCCACCAGAGGGUGGUCGACGAGCUGCAGAGGAAAAACCAGAGAGAGCUGGAGAACCUACACGAGGAAAAGGAGAGGCUGCUAGCCGAGGAGACUGCCGCUACCAUAGCCGGUCAGUAGUAAUUGCGAUAGCAGCUAACGCUAACCCUAUCAGCAGUAGCACCUUGGUAAUUAUAUAGGCACAGCAGUAGCAUCAGGCUAACAUGAAGUAUUUUGUUCACUUGUGUACACAAACCCAUAAAUGUGAGUUACCAUGGUCUUUGGGCUCUGCUUUAUAAAACAGUGGAUUUUUCUUUCUAAAACAACACGAUAACCUAACGUGGUCCGGCUAUGCCAGAUGAUCUCUCCUCAAUAACAACGUUCUUUGUUUUGGUUGCCCCAGCAAUCGAGGCGAUGAAGAACGCACACCGGUCGGAGCUGGAGAAGGAGCUGGACAAGGCCCGCAAGUCCAACAGCAACACAGAGAACGCAGACAUAGAGGAGAUAUGCAGGCAACACGAGUAAGUUAGCAUAUCAUUAUGACAAGAUGGCACCGACAGACACGUUCGCCCUUGUUGCUUGCUCCUAGCCAACUUUGCAGUCUUUUGUUCAUUUUAGUGUUCUUUUUUUACUUUAUUUGCUCAGAAUGUUUCUAGUAUUAUCUUGUAUGACAGACGAGCACUCCUGGACAUCAGAUCGGCGGUUACUCGCCACAAAUUUGACAGAUUCGACUUUCCAGAACUGGACCCUUUGUUCAGUUCUCCUGAAGCAGUUCCAUUCAUUCCAGGAGCCCUACCAAAAAGAGAGCUGUCAUUCUGGUCCGACUAAGGAGAAGGACAAAUCACCUAAUGCUUCCUAGUAUUUUACUAGCAAAUGUACAGUCUCUGGACAAUAAGUUAUACAAGCUCAGAGUGAGGAUUUCCUACCAAUGGGACCCGAGAGACUCACGUAAUUUGCCUCACUGAAACGUGGCUCAUGGGCUCUGUGCUGGAUUCGGCUAUGCAGCCUGCUGGGUUUUCCGUAUAUAUCGCGUGGACAGGCGGGAUUUGCUUCAUUAUCAACAACUCAUGGUGUGACUGUGGUAACUUACAAUUCCUCAGGACUUUCUGUUCUCCCAAUCUGGAAUACCUCACGAUUAAAUGCUGACCUCACUAUCUCCUGAGAUAAUUCCCAGUGGUUAUAAUCACGGCUGUAAAGGAAAUCUGAGAAAAGUGCCUCAUCAGACCACGCCUCCAUCCUGCUCCUACCAACCUAUAAACAGAAAUUAAAGCAGGAAGUACCCGUGGUAAGAUCGGUUCGAUGCUGGUCUGACCAAUCAGAAUCUAUGCUAUAGGACUGCUUUUGAUCACAUGGACUGGGACAAAGUUCCAGGUCGCCUCCGACAAUAACAUCAACGAGUAUACAGACUCAGUCAUGGGGUUCAUCAGGAAAUGCAGAGGACAUUCUCUCAACAGUGACUAUUCGCACCUAUCCCAACCAGAAACCAUGGGUAAAUGGCACAAAACUGAGAGCGCGGACCAAUGCAUUUAACCUCAGGCCGAGUGUUUGGGGAUAUGGAUGAAUACAAAAAGACCAGCUACGACCUCCUGAAAUCAAUCAAAUAUGCAAAAAGACAGUACAGGGAUAAAGUGGAAUCGCUUUUGAACGGCUCCAACGUGAGACGCAUGUGGCAAGGACUACAAACCAUCACGGAUUAUAAAUGGAAAACCAGCGAACACCAAUGCCGCUCUCCCAGACGAGCAAACACUUUUUAUGCUUGCUUUGAGGUAAUCAACACCGAUCCUCCCAUGAGGGCGCCCGCUGCUGUAGAAGACUAUGAGCUCUCGAUCUCUGCGGCUGACGUCAGUAAGACCUUCAAGCGUGUGAAUGCUCGCAAAGCAGCCGGUCCAGACAGUAUCCCUGGCCACGUCCUCAGAGCAUGCGCAGACCAGCUGGCUUGAGUGUUCACGGACAUAUUCAACCUCUCCCUGUCCCAGUCUGUGAUCCCCACGUGCUUUAAGAUGUCCACCAUUGCCCCUGUACCCAAGCAAGCCAAGAUAACCUGCCUAAAUGACUAUCGACCUGUAGCACUCACUUCUGUCAUCAUGAAGUGCAUUGAGAGGCUGGUCCCAAGGACCAAAUCAGCUCCACCUUACCUGACACCCUGGGCCAACUACAAUUUGCAUAUCAUCCAACAUAUCCACAGAUGAAGCUAUCACCAUUGCGCUACACACUGCCCUAUUACACCUGGACAAGAGGAACACCUACAGUGAGGGAAAAAAGUAUUUGAUCCCCUGUUGAUUUUGUAAGUUUGCCCACUGACAAAGAAAUGAUCAGUCUAUAAUUUUAAUGGUAGGUUUAUUUGAACAGUGAGAGACAAAAAAAUCAAAAAUGUUAUAAAUUGAUUUGUGAUAAAAUGUGAUAUCAUGUCCCCUCAGUACUGCAAGCAUAUUACCAUCUCCAAGACCAUAUUAUCUUAAAGUUGUCAUAUCCCCUCAGUACCACAAGCACAUGAUACUACACACAGAGACUCUCCGAGAUCGUACACUCUUCAAUAAGAGUCAAGACUCCAUUUUCCAGUCCUGACUCUUCUUGAGUCAAUAUUUACAAUGUUUACUAUUCCUCUUGAGUAAAAACUGAGGACUUAAGUCCCCAUCAGUCCCAAAGAACUGCCUUACAACAUACGGGUACAUUUUGCGUCCCUUUUGAUAUUUUAAGGAGAAAUUGUGCACCAAUAUUGAAUUAAAUGCCUUUAUGAAGUGCCCUUUAAUAAAGACCGUGGAAAAUUCAAUAAAUCCGAUUUUUAUAUGAGUAAAGACUUGCUAAAGUUCCAAAAAUCUGCAACUUCUAGGAAGUUUUUAAACCACUUAACCCCAAAAUGUCAAGUUUUCACCAUCACUGUAAAGCCCUUUAUGUUCUUGCUUUGACAGUCCAUUUUUGAAGAUUAUUAUUUAGUUCAUGUGAUUAGUGAUUCAUUUAGGUCUGUCCCUCAUUUUAAGGUCAACCCUGUUUACGUGAAACAAACUCUAGUUUUAAUAUGCUGAAACUAUUACUUUUUAAAUAUAUUUUUCAAAAGAAACAUCGAUCAUCUGAUAGUCAAAUCAUAGUGUAAAAGCAGGUGCGCUGGUUCUACUCUUUUUGGCCAUUUCCUGGUGUUUAGUGGUGGAAAACUGAGCGCGUCGAGCAUAACACGUCAACCCUGUUACCCAUAGACAGGCUAGAAAUGUUUUAACAAUUUAAAAAGAUUGUGAAGCUUGCAUUUAAACGACCCUCCCUUUUGCACACAACAAGCUUCCAUCCCCCCUGUUACAAGGGGAUUCAUUGCUGAUUUAAGAUGAAAACCUCAACCCUGUUACGGUCAACUCUGUUACUUGAAUGGCCUUUUAUUGGCACUUAAUAUAGUAAUAAAUCAUAUUUAUGAUGGGAAAACAUGUUUCUUUUUUUUAUGGAGUUGAACAUGUGCUCUUUAUGACAAUGUUAAAAUGAGGUGAAAUUACUUGCUUUUUGUGACCAAGAUACACUACCCAAAAUGUGCUCUAUUCAUUGAACAUGCGAGAGGUCAUAAAGAGGUCAAUCAUAAAGAGGUCAAUCAAAAUCAACCAAAACGAUGGAAAUGCCAUGGAAACGCAGGUGGAAAGAUCCAGAGUCUCCUACAUUUAGCCUGUUGUUUAUAUGUGUAUUUCACACUAUUUUGAGGUAAAAAAUCGUAGGAUAAUGCUUGUAUGGAUGUCAACCCCCAAUACAUGUUCAUAACGUCGUCACCAAUCAACUGCAUUACAGUUCAAAAUGACUGACUACCACCACCGAUGUCUGUGUACAAGGAAUGUUACCAGUGAAUACGAACGGGAGUUAGCAUUUAGCAGGCACUUCUUCUGAACCUGAAAAGGGACAACUUCUAAAUGUUGUGCAGCGAAAACAGCCAAAUUAUAUCAAAAUGUGACUUUAGUACCCACAUUGUGGGCCUGUUAUAAUGCAUCAAUCAUGACGGAUUUGACGAAUAUCCACUUUGUUAGGUCAGAUUUUGUUGAAUGUGCGCCAAUCCGGCGUCCUCCUUCUAUCCCCAGUUCAGUCCCAAAAAGGGUCUCUUCGUUAUCAAGAGGUCUCUGAGUUUAUACGGCUUGUGCUGAUGACUAGUUGUGACCUUUGUGCCGGUAUUUCUCCUCACGUGGCCAGAGUGCAUGUUAUCGUUUGACACAUCUCACCUCAGUCACAGGUGUAACUGCAGAUGCCCUGACAUGGCCGAUUUUAUGAAAAUGUUUCAUUCCUGUCAGUUUGAGGAGAAAAACAGAGUUGGGGGGGGGGGGGGAAUGUUGUCCAUCAUCUGUCAAAAUUGGGAUAUUUCAGAUAAAUAACUUAAUUUUGUGAUGCAGUUUUUUUUUUAUUGAACUUCAAACCCAACCCAGCGCCAUGGGAACGAAGCCAGUAUGUGACUGUGACUGGCUGUGCCUUGCCAGCUGUAACCAGGGCAACCUGGAACUAAGGUGGCAGCUGGGUGACCUUGCCAAACUCGGAAUUACAGACCGAAGACGGUUCCAGUUCCAUCCGUCUGUCUGGGGUUGAUUAAGGAACUGAUUAGCAGCAGUCUGGCCCAGUCUGUCUGGCCUCUGAAUAGACUGAAGCUCCAGUGUCAGGCCAGAACUAAAAUAUGAAGGAAGGAGUUGCUGAACUAAGUCUGGUGUUUUCCAUCUCGCCCUACAGAAUGAAGGGGUUUUCUAUGCUCUGUGCUGCUGUUUCCUUUGGUCAGCUAUUAUGAGGGAAAAGAGAGGGUGGUAAAUGUAUGGUAUUGAUUGGGUGGUAAAUGUAUGGUAUUGAUUGGCUGAGUGUGUUAUUGGGUGGUAAAUGUAUGGAAUUGAUUGGCUGAGUGUGGUAUUGGGUGGUAAAUGUAUGGAAUUGUUUGGCUGAGUGUGGUAUUGGGUGGUAAAUGUAUGGAAUUGUUUGGCUGAGUGUGGUAUUGGGUGGUAAAUGUAUGGUAUUGAUUGGCUGAGUGUGGUAUUGGGUGGUAAAUGUAUGGAAUUGAUUGGCUGAGUGUGGUAUUGGGUGGUAAAUGUAUGGAAUUGAUUGGCUGAGUGUGGUAUUGGGUGGUAAAUGUAUGGAAUUGAUUGGCUGAGUGUGGUAUUGGGUGGUAAAUGUAUGGAAUUGUUUGGCUGAGUGUGGUAUUGGGUGGUAAAUGUAUGAUAUGAUUGGCUGAGUGUGGUAUUGGGCUGGUAAAUGUAUGGGUAUUGAUUGGCUAGUGUGGUAUUGGGUGGUAAAUGUAUGGAAUUGAUGGCUGAGUGUGGUAUGGGUGGUAAAUGUAUGGAAUUGAUUGGCUGAGAUGUGGUAUUGGGUGGUAAAUGUAUGGAAUUGUUUUGGCUGAGUGUGGUAUUGGGUGGUAAAUGUAUGGUAUUGAUUGGCUGAGUGUGGUAUUGGGUGGUAAAUGUAUGGAAUUGUUUGGCUGAGUGUGGUAUUGGGUGGUAAAUGUAUGAUAUUGAUUGGCUGAGUGUGGUAUUGGGUGGUAAAUGUAUGAUAUUGAUUGGCUGAGUGUGUUGCCUUGUAUUGUCUGAUUUACUGAGUGUUUUCCUGUGUUCUCUCUCUCCCCCCUCUCCGCUCGUUCCCUCCUCCUUUCCCCACAUCAUCCCUCUUUCCCUCUCUUUCCCUCUCUCUCUUUGCCUCUCUCUUUGCCUCUCUUUCUUUCCCUCUCUCUCCCCCUCCCUCUCUGUCACUCUCUCCCCCCCUCUCUUUCCCUCUCUCUCCAUUCUCUCUCUUUCCCACCUCUCUCCCUCUUUCCCCUCUCUCUCUUCUCUCUCUUUCCCUCUCUCUCCCUCGCCCCGCUUUUCCCUCUCUCGCUCCCCUUCUCUCUCUCUUCCUUCCCCUCUCUCAUCUCUCCCUCUCGUCUUUCCUUCUCUCCUCUCCUCACCCCCCUCUCUUCUAUUUCCGACCUAAGACACCUCUCUCCUGUCCCUCUCUCGUUCCCUCUCUGACUUUUCUCUCUCUGUUUCCCUGCUCUCUCUCCCCUCAUUCUCUUCUCCUUCUGUUCCCUCUCUCUCCCCCCUCUCUCUUUCCUCUCUUCGCUCCCCUCCCUCUCUCUCUUCCCUCUCUCUCUCCCCCUCUCCCUCUUCCCUCUCUCCUCUUUCUCUUUCCCUCUCUCUCCCCUUUCUCUUCCUCCUCCCUUCCUUUUCCCCUCUCUCUUUCCCCUCUCUCUCUUUCCCCUCUCUCUCUCCCCCUCUCUCUCUUUCUCUUUCCCUCUCUCUCACCCUCUCUCGUUCCCUCUCUGACUUUCCCUCUCUCUCUUUCCCCUCUCUCUCUCCCCUCCCUCUCUUUCCCUCUCUUUCCCUAUCCCUCUUGUUCUUUCUUUCUUUCUCUUUUUCUCCAGAGAGGAGCUGUGUUCGUUCCAGAGGGAGAUCGAGGUGCUGUCUGAGCAGUAUUCUCAGAAGUGCCUGGAGAACGCCCACCUGGCCCAGGCCCUGGAGGCUGAGAGACAGGCCCUCAGACAGUGUCAGAGGGAGAACCAGGAGCUCAACGCACACAACCAGGUACACACACACACCCCAGGCACUAACAAACACCCAGGUACACACACACCCACACACCCAGGUACACCACACACACACCCAUGCAUUAACAACACCCAGUGUACACCACACACCACAUGUACACACACACACACAAACCAUGGUACACAACACACACACAGGUACACACACACACACCAGUACACACACCCCAGGUACACCACACACACCCAGGUACACACACAGCACACACCAACCCGUACACACACACCACAGUACAACACACAACCCAGUACAACACACAACCAGACACACCCACAACACCAGGUACACAACACACACAACCAGGUACACACACACACACCAGUACACCACACACACAUACAACACCAAACAGGUACACACACACACACACAACACACACCCGGUACACACCGACACACACACAGCACAACAAACACACACCAGCACCACACACCAGGACACACACACACCCAGGUACACACACACCCAGGUCACACAACACCCCAGGUACACACACCACACACACACCCAGGUACAACACACACCCGUACACACACACACACACCCAGUACACACCCAGGUACAACACACACACCCAGGUACACACACACAGGUACACACACACCACAACCAGGUACACACACACACAGGUACACACACACCCAGUACACACAACACCACGUACACACACACAACCAGCAACACACCAGUACACCCACACACACACCCAGGUACACCACACACCAGUACACACACCCGUACACACAACAACACCACCAGUAAACAACCCAGGUCCACACACACACCAGUUACACACACAGGCACACACACCCAGGUAACACACCCACACACACCCAGGUACACACAAACCCGUACACCACCCAAACACACCCAGGUACACACACACACACCCGGACACAACACACAUCACACAACACACACCCAGGUACACAACCCAGGUACACACACACACACCCAGGUAACCACCGCACACCACACACCACACCCAGUACACACCACCCAACACACACCCCAGGUACACGCGCCACACACACCCAGGUACAGCGUCCACACACACCCAGGUACACACACGCACACAACACACACACCCAGUACACCCACACAACCCAUACCACACACCCACACCCAGGUACAACGCGCCACACACACACCAGGUACACACACACCCAGGAACACGCACACACACCCAGGUACACCGCGCAACACAACACCACCCAGGUACACGCCGCACACACACCGUAACACACACAACCCAGGUACAACCGCGCACACACACACCCAGUACACGCGCACACACACACCACCCAGGUACACCGCACACACACACCCAGGUACCGCAACACACACACCCAGGUACAGCUCCCACACACACAACCCAGGUUUACACGCGCGCCACACACACACCCAGGUACACGCGCGCACACCACACCCAGGUACACGCGCGCACACACACACCCAGGUACACGCGCGCACACACACACCCAGGUACACGCGCGCACACACACACCCAGGUACACGCGCGCACACCACCACCCAGGUACACGCGCACACACACACCCAGGUACACGCGCGCACACACACACCCAGGUACACCGGCAGCGGCACACACACCCCAGGUACACGCGCGCACACACACACCAGGUCACGCGCGCAACACACACACCCCCAGGUACACGCGCACACACACACCCCCAGGUACACGCGCACACACACACACCCAGGUACACGCGCCCACACACACACAGGUACACGCGCCCACACACACACAGGUACACGCACACACAACCCGGUAAUAGUCCUCACACUUACCAUGACAUGUGCCUUGUGUCUGUAGGAGCUCAACAACCGUCUAGCUGCAGAGAUCACGAAGAUGCGCUCUAUGGCCACUGAAGACGGGGGUGGAAACACCUGCAACAUCACACAUGGGAAGGAACUGUACGAGUUGGAGGUAAGCUCCGCUCGAGGUGGAACAUAAGAUUGGACGAUUUUAAAUGCGCUGAAGUCUUCCUGUUUGUCGAAAGUGUGCGUUGCUUUUAUGCACAGCUGAAGUUUAUACCCCUUAAUCUUACCGUUUUGGUCUGUUGCAGGUGAUGUUGAGGGUGAAGGAGUCAGAGGUCCAGUAUCUAAAACAGGAGAUCAACUCUCUGAAGGAUGAACUCCAGGCCGCACAACGAGUAAGUCCCAAGACCCAAGUUACCUAAAACUGCUUUUUAGACUUUCUCAAUGUAUUUUAUGCUCUUUUCUCAUUAUUUUAUGCUGAGGUUGUAUUCCUCACCCUACCACCUUAAACAAUGUAUCAUUUGUCCCUCCAGGAUAAGAAGUAUGCGACGGACAAGUACAAGGACAUCUACACGGAGCUGAGCAUCGUGAGGGCCAAAGCAGAGAGAGACCUAGGGAGGCUCCGAGAACAGCUGCAGCUGGCCCACGAUGCACUGGGGGAACCCUCACUAGAGGAGGUGGAGAGGGCAGGAGGAUACGGUAGGAAUAUAGAAGACUUUCUAGCCUUCUACUCCAUGUGUGUGUUACCAAAUGGUACCCUAGUCCCUACUUAGUGCACUACCUUUGACCAAAACCCUGAGCCUUUGUUUCAGUCAUAACCAAUGUGCCACAAUGCCUCAACAUUUGAAUUUGGUCUCUGCAUUUACACAAGAAGAUGUCUCAAUGUCAAAUAUAGUCUCCGACUUGCAACCCACUGACCUCCUUACAACAAGCAGCCAGAGAAGUCCGUUUAUUACAGUAGUGUCUAUAGUAAACUGGACAGAAGCCGCAGUAGCCCUCUUUUCCAAAGGACUUGUCUUUUUAAAGUAGUUGUCUUAUCUCUCCUCAGAUAUCAUGAAGUCCAAAAGCAACCCUGACAUUCUCAAGAUGGCGGCUGCUGCAGCCAAACGCGCCGAGCGCACCAUGAGGUCAAAGGUACGCCUUCUUAACACCUGAAUAAGACAUCUUUCAUGUGCUUUACCCAGUAGAGAAGUCUCCCACAGCUGAAGGUUGUGUGUGAGAACAGUUCAGUUGGAACCAAGUGCCAAUGAGCUGUGACACAAUGCCACCUUCAGGUUAACUACUGCGUUACACUGCAACUUUUUAAUUCCCCCAGCAGGUGAAUGUACUGUAUUGUGUGGCUCCAUUGGCAGUUAAAACAUAUAUUUUACUCUUAAAACCUUGAAACAAAUCCCUGUGUGCUAUUUGAUUGUGGGUUAAAAUGAUUGUAUAAUAUGUGGAGAGAAGUGUGUCGUCGUCGUCGUCGUCGUCGUCCCCCCCCACCUUCUCUCCUCAGUCUGUGUCUUGUGAUAUGCCCUCUGCCCUAAAGGACUACCUUUCUCCUUAUUGGUCACUUACCAAACCAGACUACCACCAAUAG